AGCCGUUAGCUUGUCAGCUGGACGGCAGGAGAAUAAGAGUGAAAAACAACGAAUUGGAGGGAAAAGAGAAGAAAUGACACCGGUGAAGAACCACAGGGAAUCGCGGUGACUGACAGGCCGUCUGCUGCUUCAAACAGGUGUUUUCCGGUGUGUGUCUGUGUCAAAACGGUGACUGAUGAGUGGAAAAAGAACCUCUUUUCUGACUCCUUUAAGAGGACCAUGCAGUCACUCCUCCCUCACUCUCGAUGGUAGUGUGUGUGAUACAGGAUGGGAUUUGGUCGGGAUUUGAAGAAUUCCCACGAGGGAUUACUGAAACUGCAGGACUGGGAGAUAAAGCUCCUGGAGACAGUGAAACGUUUCAUGACUCUGAGGGUGAAGAGUGAUAAGGAGUACGCUGCCCUCCUUCUCAGCAUGACUCAGCAAACUGAGAAGCACGAAGCUGCUGACUAUGUCAGUACUGUUAGCAAGUCAUGGUCUCAGGUGAUUCGCCAAACCGAGGCGCUGGGUCGGGUGAUGCGGAGCCAUGCUGAUGAGCUGAACUCUGGUCCUUUACAUCGUCUGGCAACACUGAUCCGAGACAAACAGCAAGUGAAGAAGAGCUACCAGAAUCUGCACCAGCAGCUGGAGAGUCACAGUUACAAGGUAACAAGGACUGACUUGGAUAAACUGAAGGCAACGUACCGUCAGUUGAGUCGUGACGCCAACAACGCCAAAGAAAAGUACAGAGAGGCUGUCUCAAAAGGCAGAGAGGUUGAGCGGGCCCGUGAACGCUAUGACAAAGCGACGUCAAAAUUGCACAACCUUCACAACCAGUACGUACUGGCAGUGUGCGGCGCACGUACACAACAGAAUGACCACCGGCAGCAUGCUGCACCAGCCCUGCUGGAUGCCCUCCAGAGAAUGCAGGAGGACAUGACACUCGCUCUGCGGAGCAUUCUGGAGGAAUACUACGAGAUCAGCAGUCUGCUGACAGAUGAAAUCGUUAAAAUUCAUCAGGAGAUUUCUGCCGCUGUGCAGCAGAUCGACCCGCUGGCUGAGUACCAGCAGUUCAUUGAUGCAUUCCGGUCUCCUGAGACGCCGGAGGCAGUCGUGGAUUUUGACAUGUCGCUGUUGGAGGAGACAGAUAACCUGCCAGCCAAUGAGAUCCUGUGGAACACCCUGACGGCUGACAGUCUACACGCCAUGUUGUCAUCAGCCACAGAGGAGCUGGUGCUGAUUCAGCAGAACCUGAGGCUGAAGGAGGCCUUGGCUGAUGACCUUGAUACCAAAAUCCAGACGAGUCAGCAAAGUGCGGAGAGGAAAAGCGACUGCGUGGUUCUUCUCAGUCAGAAGUUGUCUCUGCUUGAGCUCCGUCACACCGUCCAGUCGUUACGAGGCUCCCAGGCUCGCCUCGCCUCUCAGAAGGUGCUGCUCGAAGCUAAGAUGGCUGCUGCCACCUCACCUCCCCCGCCACCGCCAUAUGAAGAUGAUGGCCACUCUCUGGGCUCUGUGGACAAAGGGAAGGAGAAGAGUUCUCGUUUCGACACGCUGCGGCACUCGUUCGCUGGCAUGAUCCGAUCGCCCAAAGCUAUGCUUGGCUCCUCCACCUCGCAAUUUUUUGAUGUCAUCCCGACAUCAGAGCGUCCUCUGCAAGAGCAGGAGUGGUACCAUGGUGCCAUCCCCCGCACGGAGGCCCAGGAGUUACUACGGCAACAGGGCGACUUCCUGGUGAGGGAGAGCCAUGGCAAACCGGGCGAGUACGUACUGUCGGUGUUUUCUGAUGACCAGCGGCGACACUUCAUCAUCCAGUAUGCUGAUAAUCAGUACCGUUUUGAAGGGACGGGCUUUUCCACCAUCCCCCAGCUCAUCGAACAUCAUUUCUCCACUAAGCAGGUCAUCACCAAGAAGUCUGGUGUCAUUCUGCUGAACUCUGUCGUAAAGGAUAAAAAGUGGAUCCUGAAUCAUGAAGAGGUGGUGCUUGGAGAGCUCCUGGGCAAGGGGAACUUUGGUGAGGUCUUCAAAGGGAUGCUGCAGCGUGACAAAAUGCCAGUGGCAGUCAAAACAUGUAAGGAGGAUUUACCUCCAGAGCUGAAGAUCCGCUUCCUAUCUGAGGCCAGGAUCCUGAAGCAAUAUGACCAUCCAAACAUCGUCAAGCUGAUCGGCAUUUGCACACAGAGGCAGCCAAUCUACAUUGUCAUGGAGCUGGUGCCUGGUGGUGACUUUCUGUCGUUUCUGAGGAAAAAGAAAGAUGAUUUGAAGACGAAACAACUGAUUCGCUUUGCUGUUGAUGCUGCCGCCGGCAUGGCGUACCUGGAGAGUAAGAACUGUAUCCACAGAGACCUGGCAGCCAGGAACUGUCUGGUUGGAGAAGGUAACGUGUUGAAGAUCAGUGACUUUGGGAUGAGUCGGCAGGAGGAUGACGGCAUUUACUCCUCAUCUGGUCUCAAACAGAUUCCCAUCAAGUGGACAGCUCCAGAAGCCCUCAACUAUGGCCGCUACAGCUCAGAGAGUGACGUUUGGAGUUACGGCAUCUUGCUAUGGGAAACCUUUAGCCUGGGGAUGUGUCCUUACCCAGGCAUGACCAAUCAGCAGGCCCGGGAGCAGGUGGAGACUGGAUACAGAAUGACAUGUCCUCAGCGUUGUCCUGAUGACAUCUACAAAGUGAUGCAGCGUUGCUGGGAGUAUAAACCUGAGGACCGGCCCAAGUUCUCAGAGCUGCAGCGCGACCUCGCUGCCGUCAAGAAGAAAUAA